CUCGCUCGGAAGUUGUCGGAUGGGGAGAUGGGUUGAAACUGAAAGACAGAUCACUAUCCCCACUCACUGAUCGUGAGCGUUACUGAACAGCACACCAGAAUAGCAGUGGCAUGCCCAUCCGCAGAGAUGCCCUAUGUGGAUCGGCAGAACCGUCUGUGUGGGUUCCUGGAUGUUGAGGAGAAUGAGAACAGCGGCAGGUUCCUGCGUCGAUACUUCAUCCUGGACACGCUGGAGGGCAGCCUGAUGUGGUACAUGGACAACCCGCAGAACCUUCCGGCUGGGACGAGCAGCGUGGGCUCCCUCCAACUCACCUACAUUUCCAAGGUCAGCGAUGCCACAAAGCAGAGGCCGAAGGCGGAGUUCUGUUUCGUCAUUAACACCGGCAGGAGGAAGUACUUCCUGCAGGCCAACGACCAGCAGGACCUGGUGGAGUGGGUGAAGGAGCUCAACAAGGCCACGAAGAUCACAGUGCCAAAACCUUGCGAUGUGCCCCACACUGCCGAGACCCUAAAGCCCUCCCAAGAUUCCCUGGGUACCAAGAAGCAGGUUUCAUACAGGACAGACAUCAUAGGGGGGGUGCCCAUCAUCACCCCUACACAGGAAGGGGGUGACGGACAGCUGGAGGGCGGCCGGGAGGAGCCAAGGGGGUCCCACAGCCCCCUCCCCUACUUCCUGAGCAAAGUGGCGCAAGACCAGGCCAUGAUCAAGGCUGGAUACUGCGUGAAGCAGGGGGCCAUGAGGAAGAACUGGAAGCGAAGAUAUUUCCUUUUGGAGGAGAACUCAUUGAGCUAUUUCAAGUCAGAGCUGGAUAAGGACCCCCUCCGAAUAAUCCCACUGAAAGAAGUUCACAAAGUUCAGGAGUGCAAACAGCGGGACAUAAUGAUGAGGGAUAAUCUUUUUGAAGUGGUCACCACCUCUAGGACCUUUUACGUUCAGGCGGACAGCCCAGAGGAGAUGCACAGCUGGAUAAAGGCCAUCUCGGGGGCCAUCGUAGCCCAGCGCGGUCCAGGCCGGUCGGCAGCGUCUGAGCAGCGGGACCCUUCCUCACCCCCCGGUUUCGCCCGCUGCGACCCGGCCCCCCCCACCCUUCGCCCGGCCGUACCUGCAGUGGCGCCCCGCCCACAGUCCCCUGGGGGCCCGGGGCCACGCCCUGUCCACGCGCAGCCUGGCCUGGGACAGCGAGCACUUCAUGAGCCUCUUGCCACUCCCCAGCCAGCGGGGGGGGCGCCACGCCCGUCUGUCCCUGCAGGAGACACGCCUGUCCAAGUGAGCGAGGGGUCGCCAUGGAGACGGCGCAGCAGCUGCGAGGACAGCCCCCCUGAGACCCCCCCCGCCGCUGACAAUGGCGACCUGCCCGUCAGCAAGGUGUGAGCACACAGCCACGCCCCUCACAGACUCCCCGAACCCACAGCAGCCAGGGGGAGGUGACUCCGUCUAGAGCUCCGCACCGAGGCCGCGGAGAGGGUCAGAACUGGGUCUGGACCAGCAGGGGGAAGAAACAGCACAGAAAGGUGGGGAAGUGACAGAACAGAACCAUGCUGAGGUGAACUGGACUUUGGAUCAGAGACGCGGGGAGAGAAGUAUGAAAGAUCAUUUUGUCUCUCUGUCCCAUUUCCCUCUUUGUCCCUCGUUUGCUUGAACAUCCAACCGAAUCAUCCUGAAUGUACACCCCCCAGCCGGACCACCAGAGGGCACUAUACGCCACACUUCAGGAGAUGGGCCCA